AGCUCUUUUGGCCCCGACGACUCGCCGUCGCCCGUGGGGACGUGUUCACUGGUUGCAGUGAUGGCGGCUGGAACCCCAGAUUCGCAAGCGCGAUUCGGUCAGUCCGUGAAGGGGCUUCUCACGGAGAAGGUGAACACCUGUGGUACUGACGUAAUCGCGCUCACCAAGCAGGUGCUGAAGGGCUCCCGGAGCUCCGAGCUGCUAGGUCAGGCAGCUCGAAACAUGGUACUACAGGAAGAUGCCAUCUUGCAUUCAGAAGACAGUUUAAGAAAAAUGGCAAUAAUAACAACACAUCUUCAAUAUCAGCAAGAAGCUAUUCAGAAGAAUGUUGAGCAGUCAUCAAAUCUACAGGACCAGUUGAAUCAUCUGUUGAAAUAGAAUGGCUUGUAAGAGGACAAAAGCACUUUUUUUGCCUGACACUGAGGAGGAAAUAUCUUACCUAACCAUUGUCCUGUGGGUUUGAUUUUCCAUUUUCUUCUCCAGAAGAUAAAUUAGAAAAGAUCUAUGACAAUGAACAGUUUCACAUGAAAAGAAGCUAGGUGAUUGAAUUUUGGAAGCACUUCUUGAAUCAGAUGAACCCAUGUUCUUCUGGAAUUUUUAGUUGCUCUAUUAGUUUGAUAUUAAAGCAAAGUUAAAGCAUAUCUUAGUUUUUCCCAUAGAACUUUAAUAUGUCAAAAGCCAUAUUGUCUAAAUGUGUUUCUUAAGCAAAUACAGAGUAAUGUUUUAAAUUCAGACAUGGAGCUUCUAUUGUGAACAUAUAAGAAUGAUUACUAUUCUUUUAAAGACUUUUUUCUUUUAAUCAGACAGUCGGGAGGUAUUUUAAUUUUGUGGUCACAGAAUGGUGUAAGGUAAUACCUGUUGUUUUCUAUUCUUCUCUAGUAACUAAGAGAAGAUACUUAUUUUUUGUUGUUGUUGUAGCAAAUCCUUAAAUGAAAAUUUGGCAAAUGGUAUCAUAUCUGUCCAGCUGCAACCUCCUGCCUUGACCUUCAUUCCUAGAGUUUCUUUGUUGUUGUAACUCUUGAUUAACUGGCCUUGGGUUCAUUUUGUAAUUUUGCUAGUCAUCAGCAAAUUCACUUGUAUGACAUUAUUGCCAAAUGAGAACGCAGUUGAGUUACUGUAAGUGCUUUUGGUGUAGGGUCAUGUGGUGUAGGUCAUGGAGAAAACCUUACGUUUGUAGACGUUUACCUAUGUUCAUUGAAUUUAUCUUAAUAAAUGUCAUUACCACUGUC